AUGAGCAGCGGGAGCAAUUUGGAGACGCGGUCGUUGAUCGACGAGCUGAGGAGCUUCGACAGCGGCGGCUUCUUCGACCUCGGCCACCCUCUCCUCAACCGCAUCGCUGAAAGCUUCAUCAAAGCUGCUGGGAUUGGGGCUGUUCAAGCUGUGUCGCGCGAGGCUUACUUCACUGCUGUGGAAAGUGCGAGUGGAGAUACAGGAGGUACCAUUGCCCCUGAGAUUGGCGCCUCCAAAAAGCGUCAUCAGUUUCCGGACUUUAGAGGAGAAAAUAACCGGAAGUCAGUGGAAGCCCUGGUUAUGAGUACUGGAAAAGAAUCCAUGCAAUGGGGCCUUGCAGCUGGGGUGUACUCGGGUCUAACCUAUGGGUUGAAAGAGGCUAGGGGUGUCCAUGACUGGAAAAACAGCGCGUUGGCUGGGGCAGUAACAGGGGCAGCCCUGGCGUUGACCACGGAAGAUCACUCCCAUGAACAGAUUGUGCAGUGCGCUAUAACCGGGGCUGCCAUAUCCACUGCUGCUAAUCUUCUUACUGGCAUUUUCUAG